CCAGCCUCCCAUCAUCUGAUGCUCAUUCAUCCUCCUCCUCCAGCAAGACCUCAAUGAGACGUCGCGAUAACGGACAACCAUUGUUGUUUCAUCGCUGUGCUCCAUGAAUUCAUCUCCCGUUCACCUCUGGAUGCGUAAAUGGUGGUCUUUCUUCAGCAGUUACUGCCACAUUUAGCCAUAUUGUUUCCGUUUCUGGAGUGCGGUUCUCGUGUUUGGAAUAGAAUAGCGCACAAACCGAAACUGAGGAAAUAAAGGUUGACAAUGAAGCAGCAAUACAUUUAAAAUCUGGAGAUAUCGACGGAUAUCUACAAAAAGGAUUAUUACGGCAAUGGACUGGCUCUCAGUGCAUGUGCUCCUAUUCUGCCCGAGCCCACUGCCGCCUCUCACUGCUAUGCCCCUCGCCCUGUCCUCUCAGCAUAUCCGGAGGAAGGACUGCCCGUCCCUGUAGGAAUGCCUGUUCGGGCCUGGCACCUGCCUCUGCCCGCGGCUGCUCCCACACCUUUUGCCAUUCCACCCCCCACCAGCUCUCGCAGGCUGCUCCAUCAUGAACGAUGAGGUCAUCAGCACUAACGCACUGGCCUGGCUGGUCUGCUCAGGAGUGUCCAUCCUGGCCAAUGCCUGGGGAAUCCUGAGCGUGAGCGCCAAGCAGAAGAAGUGGAAGCCUCUGGAAUUCCUCAUCUGCACACUGGCUGGGACGCACAUUCUCAACAUGGGUAUCCCUAUCACCAUGUAUUGUGUCAUUCAGCUGCGGCGACAACACUCCAACUAUGAGUGGAACGAAGGACUCUGCAAGGUGUUUGUCUCCACCUUCUACACCCUCACCCUGGUCACCUGCUUCUCUGUCACCUCCCUGUCCUACCACCGCAUGUGGAUGGUCCGCUGGCCUGUCAACUAUAGGUUGAGUAACACCAAAAAGCAGGCGGUUCAUACCGUCAUGGGCAUCUGGAUGGUGUCAUUCAUUCUGUCCACCCUGCCCGCUGUGGGCUGGCAUGAUACCACAGAACGAUUUUACACCCAUGACAACUGCCGCUUCAUUGUGACCGAAAUUGGCCUGGGCUUUGGCGUCUGCUUCCUGCUGCUGAUCAGCGGGAGUGUGGUGAUGGGUGUCAUCUGUAUUGGAAUUGCCCUCUUCCAGACCUUUUCCAUCCAGAUGGGUCAAAACGUGGACAAGAACAAAUUUAACGUGCCCACCAUUGUAGUAGAGGAUGCCCAGGGCAAGAGGCGCUCAUCCAUCGAUGGCUCAGAGCCCAUUAAGACAUCGCUGCAGAUCACCUAUCUGAUCAGUGGAAUAGUCUUCAUAUACGACUUUCUAACAGGAUUCCCCAUAUUGGUGGUGAGCUUUGCCAGCCUGAAAUUUGACCGCUCCUACAGCUGGAUGGUCCUGUGUGUCCUCUGGUGCUCCAUAGCACAGUCAAUCCUGCUUCCCAUGUUCCUGUGGGCUUGUGACCGCUACAGAGCAGACGUCAAGAUGGUCUGGGAGAAAUGUGUGGCCAUCAUGUCCAAUGAUGAGGUGGAUGAAGAAAACAGCCAGGAUGGAGGCAUUCAUCCGGACUUAAUAUUUGACAGACCGUUUGACUAUAGCUCUGCUGGUGAUAUCAUGACGGUAGACCGUAUUGCCAAGUACGAAUUCUCAACCUUAGAAGGGGGGGGCCCCCAGGGUUAUCCAUUGAGGGAGCUUCAGGAAGAUAAAAUGCACUAUUUGCAGGUGCCCCCUACAAGAAGAUACUCCCACGACGAAACCGACAUGUGGACCACCGGUCAGAUCCCGUCUUACCUGCAUCGCUGGGGCUCCACAGAGGACAUCAUUGGCAUCCCGCAAUACAGCUCGCCACGCCACGAGAGACGUCGGAGCAGCCCCGCGUCCUACCACGAGGAGAGCCACCCACACCGCAAAAGGAGGCGAUCCGAGGACAUGCAUUCACUCAAGCAGAUUCCACGAGUCGAGCGUUAUGAGGACGAUUUCAAGUGCUUUAGCCGCGACGAAGUGAUUAACUUCAUUGACGAGACACCACUUGCUAGUCCAAUGAGGAGCCCCCGGCGAGCCUCUGCGAUCUCUCUGGUUCCAGAGACGUUUGAGCAGCACGUUGUCUUGCUGCCACAUUUCCCACUCACGCACUUUGAGCGCGAGCCUCAAGCGUUGAGACGUUGCUCUGAGCACAGCAAAGGAGGCUCUCAGGAUCUGCAGAGAAAGGCAAAGGACGGUAACGAAGGCAGGAGCGUCAGCGGUGAAGGCUCGGGCAUUAAGGGUUGCCCUGAGCACAGUCAUGUUGUUGCCAAGCGUGCAUCAGAGCUUGUUCCGUUGGGACAGGGUGCACGGACAGGGGAUCAGUCUUCAAGUAUAAGGACAGGACAGGUAGAUGCAACUGCUUGGGUGGACCAGAAGCACCUGCCUAAAGGGGAAAGCAAAGGAAGCACAAAUAGUUUUAUAAGCUCACAGUCUGCAUCGUCGGGCUAUAUGACAUCCAUAGGAUCCACAAACUAAGCAACACUUUUAUGAGGAUUUCAAAGUAGUCCACUGAUAUGCUUAUUAGUAUUAAAGCUUUGACUAAGUGGAAUGUUUUUGUUAGAAACUGGGUUUUUGAGACGUGAUAUAUUCGGACAUCGUUGUUGCUUUUUUUGUUGUUUUGUUUAUGUGUUGCUGAUCCAGGGCUGGAUUAUGGGUUCGGCCAGUGGGGUCAGUGGACCUCCAAGGUGAGGGAAGCUGAGCAACAGAUAAAGAUCCUGAGCUCAGCACUUACAGUUCGAAUGAGCACAAGGCCUUCUGCUCAUACUCAUGAGCUUUAUACUGAGGCCCAUGACAGUUUUCGGCUUUUAGGUUUCAAUGAGAAUUUAGUAUUCUCGUCAAAAUACUGCCUUUCUUGACUGGGAAGUAAGGGGUCGUUCCAUCACUUUGUGUAUAUCUACAUAUAAAUAUAUCUAAUGAUAAUUAUUAUUAUAAUUUUUCCCCCAAAGUGGAGCUGGGAGAUCAAAAAUACUUUUAACAUUUCCAACAUGCUUUCAUGCUUGAAUAUGUCUUUGAUGGUUAAAAAAGCCUAAUUUUAGCCAAUGUUUCUUUAUUUUUUGGCCAAAUUGCCCUUGUCUCAUAGCAUAGGGGAAGAGGUAGCAAUAUUAGAUAUUUUGAAAAACUGCUGGCUUUGCAGAUUUUAUUCCCUUCAUUUAAUAAAACCUCAAAGGUCAGUUUGGUUCUGGAAAAGGUUAGCAGUAAGAUUUAAGUACGUAAGUUACAUAGCGUUUCUUUACAACACUUUAGCUCACAGAGCUUUUAACUCUUUAAAUGUGUUUUUGUUGUUUCUGGUGGUGUGGCAUGUUUUUAAUAUUUUUUUAAGUAAACUAAAAAGAUAUUUUGUUAUAUCGUUUGAAUUCAUAUUUUUGGAGCACAAGGUUCUCUUUGUAGAUCCAGACAUGUUUAUGGCUAAAAUGUUUCUUUUCACAGAUAUGUUUUAAAAGAGUUUGUGUUAAGUGCUUUGUGAUGAUUGAAAAUGUAUAUCUGAUGCAUUGUUAUUCUCAUGAUUACAGUCUUAUUUGUCUGGUAGCCGUAACAGAGUAUGAUAUGAAAAGUGAUGCUAUUUAAAAACACCCACAGCCUGCAGUUGACAUGCACUUUUUUACAAAAUAAGUGACAUAAUCUUUUGUCAUGUGGAGAAUAAGACCUUUCGAAAGCUGGUGCAAUUGGAUUUGUUAUGGUAGGCAAAACCACUAAAUCAAAAUUGGAUA